CGGCCAUUUUGUGUCUCCUGAAGACAGCUGUGAAGAUGCCAGUCACCAGUGAGCAACAGAAGCGGAUGCAGAAAUUCAAAAACAGAGGCAAAAACCUUCUAGUAAGUAUGGGGAAUCUUACCAGGACUGAGAAACGAGUCUCUAGCUAGGCCGGCUGAUGGAUUAGGAAGCAGCAGGGCAUGUGCAGUAAAGGAAGCAGAGCAGAAAUGCAAACUUGUGCUUUGCACAUGGAAUCUGCAGACCGGGAAUCUCCAUAUAAUUGAGACAGUAGGAACUGCAACAGAAUGUUGCAGCAUAGUGUUCAAGUUGGUGCUAGAAUUACUGGUAGGGGCUUGAUUCCCCCCUCCCUCUUCAAAACAGUUGGAGGCCCCUCCCUAGAUUAGACUGCUGAGAUGAAGGCCCUACAAUGCGUACACCUGAGACUUGGCCCUGUCAUCACGGCCACCCCAAGACUGUAACACUUACUUUUGUUUUUUUUAGCAAUACUUGACUGUCUCCCUUUCUAGGAAAUGCGAAGGCAAAGAGUGGAAACGGAAGUUGAACUUCGCAAGGCGAGGAAGGACCUGCAGAUCUUGAAGCGGAGGAACAUCAGUGUCAGCACAGAAGAUGACCUCACACCAGAGAAGAACCAGGUAUGCACACAGAAUCAUGGAAUUGUAGAGUUGGAAGGGACCCUGAGGGUCAUCUAGUCCAACCCCUGAAAUGCAGGAAUCUCAGCUAAAGCAUCCAUGACAGAUGGCCAUCCAACCUCUGCUUAAAAACUUCCAAGGAAGGAGAGGCCACCACCUCCCAAUAGAAUCCAUUCCACUCUCAAACAGCUCUUACUGUCAGAAAGUUUUUCUGUAUGUUUCAUUGGAAUCUUGUUUCUUGUCACUUGAAGCCAUGGGUUCGAGUCCUACCCUCCAGAGCAGGAGAAAACAAGCUUGCUCCAUGUGACAGCCCUUGAGAUAUCUGAAGAUGGCUAUCAUAUCUCCUCUCAACUGAGAGGAAGUAUAUUCUGAGAGGAGUGGCUAACUUGUGGCACAGCAGAUAUAGUUGGACUCAAACUCCCAUCAGCCUCAGCCAGCAUGGCCAAGGAUGAUGGGAGUCAUAGUCCAACACAUCUGGACUGGAAGGCCACUGGUUAGCCUACCUGCUCUAUAGCAGCAGCCUUCAGAAUUUCCAGAUGUGACCUCCGACUUUGGUCUAAAUAGGUAAUAGGAGACCCACUACCGUAUAUUUGUAUGGUGAUGGGGCUGCUGCUGCAACCCACUUUAAUGAUAAUAAUAAUUUUAUUAUUUAUACCCUGCCCAUCUGGCUGGGUUUACACAACCACUUUAGAUCAGGAUGCAACCCAGUUGUUGUUGUCGUUCCUGGCCAGAGCAACCAAAAUGAUCAAGGGGGUGGAGCUACUUCCCUUAGGAGAAAAGCUUGUAGCAGUUGUGACUGAUCCUUCUAGAGAAAAGGCAAGUCAGAAGCACCUCGACAGAAGUUUAUGGUAAGGUAAAGGUAAAGGACCUCUGCAUGGUUAAGUCCAGUCAAAGGCGACUAUGGGGUUGCGGCGCUCAUCUCGCUUUCAGGCCAAGGGAGCUGGCGUUUGUCCGCAGACAGCUUUCCGGCUCAUGUGGCCAGCAGGACUAAACUGCUUCUGGUGCAACAGGACACCGUGACGGAAGCCAGAAGCACAGAAACGCCGUUUACCUUCCCGUCGCAGCGGUACCUAUUUAUCUACUUGCACUUUGACGUGCUUUCGAAUUGCUAGGUUGGCAGGAGCAGGGACCAAGCAACGGGAGCUCACCCCAUCAUGGGGAUUCAAACCACCAACCUUACGAUCAGCAAGCCCAAGAGGCUCAGUGGUUUAGACCACAGCGCCACCCGCGCCUGAACGCGAGAUGAGCGCCGCAACCCCAAAGUCUUUAGAAGUUUAUGGAACCAUGCAUGAAAUGGAGAAAGUUGACUGAGGAGGUUUUUCUCCCCCUCGUAACUUUAGAAUUGGUGAGCCUCCGAAAAAGCUGGAGGGCUGAGAACAGAUAAAAGAUGGGACUUCUUCAUGCAACUCAUGAUUGAACUAUGGAACUCGCUGUCGUAAAGUAGUGAUCCUGUGAUCAAGUAUUGCUGGGUGGGGCCCCUCAGGCAGGGAGCAACUCCCUCGGCCAGUAAAGUGAGAUGAGUGCCGCAACCCCAGAGUUGACCACGACUGGACCUAACAGUCAGGGGUCCCUUUACCUUUAGCUGAUACCAGAGAAGAAGCCAAUAGAGCCUGGUAACCCAUUUUGGUGCCUGUGUGUGAUUGAUUAGUAGCUUGGAGGGAGAACUCUGGAAAGCGACCCCCUCCUUGACACUUAGAUGGCUUUAUAAGAGGAUUGGGCAAAUCCCUGGAGGAGAAGGUUGUCCAUGACAACUAGUUACAACAGAUUCCAACCUACCCAAGUUACCAUGGCUAGUGUGGUGUAGUGGUUAAGAGCGGUAGUCUCGUAAUCUGGUGAACCGGGUUCGAUUCCCCGCUCCUCCACAUGCAGCUGCUGGGUGACCUUGGGCCAGUCACACUUCUCUGAAGUCUCUCAGCCUCACUCACCUCACAGAGUGUUUGUUGUGGGGGAGGAAGGGAAAAGGAGAAUGUUAGCCGCUUUGAGACUCCUUCGGGUAGUGAUAAAGUGGGAUAUCAAAUCCAAGCUCCUCCUCUUCUUCUUCUUCUUCUUCUUCUUCUUCUUCUUCUUCUUCUUCUAUGCCCCAAGUGACCAUGUCUUGCUUGCUGGCUUUCCAUUGAGACAUCUGGUUGGCUACUUUGAGAACAAGAUGCUGGACCAUUGGCCGGAUUCAGUAGGCUGGUCUUGUGGUCUUUGUCAUGCCUGAUUCAUAAUUCCCUUCUUCCCUAACCCAGGUUGCUCAAAUUCCUUUGGAGGAAAUAGUCGAGGUGCUGAAAUCAGACGAUCAACAUCUUCUUCUCAAGGCAACCAUGUCCAUCAGGUACGUGAAGGCAAAGCUGAUUCUUCUAACACCGCUUUCCCAAUUCCAGUGCCCUUUGGAAUAUUGUUGGGACUACACCUCCCAGCCAGCAAGGCAUGAUGGGAGUUGUGGUCCAGCAACAUCUGGAGGACCACAGGUGAGCUGCCACUGUUUUAAGCUCUUCCCUAGUACCUCUGCUGGGAUUGCUAAGCCUUCUGAAAUAUCUUGGAUGGCAAGGCAGGGCAAAGGUUUUCUUGCCACAGCUGCAGAGUCCCAGUCUGUUCUGCUACCCAGCAGAACCGAACGAAGCUUACAGAUGAGCUGAGAUGUAAUAAGGGAGAGAUGGAAGGAAGUCGAAAUCGCAAAGGAAGGCUUCAAGAUUACCUUAGAAGAUUGGAGAACUGAGCCCCAACUAACAAAAUGAAUUUUGAUAGAGACAAAUGUCAGGUUCUGCACUUAGGUAGGAAGAAUCAGAUGCACAAAUGUAAGAUGGGAGACACCUGACUUGCCAGUAGUACAUGUGAAAAGGGUCUAGUGGGUCUUAGUAGACACCAAGCUUAACAUGAGUCAACAGGGUGAUGCAGCAGCAAAAAAGUUAAUACUAUUCCAGGUUGCAUCACCAGAAGUAUAUAGUCCAGAUCAAAAGAAGUCAAAGGUACAGGUAAGGGAACCCCUGACCACAACAAAGAAGUCAUAGUACUGCUCUAUUCUGCCUUCAUCAAACCACACACCUGGAGUCCUGUGUCCAGUUCUGGGAGCCACAAUUUGGGAAGGAUGUUGACAAGCUGCAGAGGAGAGUGAUUAAGAUGAUCAAGGGUCUGGAAACUAAGCCUUAGGAGGAGCAGUUGAGAUAGUUGGGCAUGUUUAGCUUGGAUAGGAGGAGACUAUAUUUAAAGGGUUGUCACAUGGAAGACGGAGCAAGCUUGUUUUAUCCUGUUCUGGCGGGUAGGACCUGGACCAACAGAAUCAAGGGAAAUUACCUCACUGCAUUUGAAGUCGCCAAUGUAUAUUGUUUCUGCAACAGUGUGCGGCCUCAGCUUGAAAUCCUGUAUAUGUAGACUUUGUAUUCCCUGACCUUUGAAUCUGUCGUGGUUCUACUGGCAUUGCAAAAUCAGGAGCAGUAGAAGUUAACUGGGAGUGCCCUGGUAGCUCUCUGGGAGAGCAACAAAGGUUUCUGAUGCUGAGUUGUUUACCAAUAGCUACAAUUGAAAAGCUUUCCUCUCUCCCCCUCCCCAAAUUAAAUUGCUGCAGAAACAAUGAAAGGGAAAACCAGAAGUGGAAUUUAGUGUGGACGGAUUGAUGGACUUCUUUUUGGUGCUGAUUACAAAAUUACUGGGCUGAGCUUGUGUUGGCCUUACGGAGGCACUCUGUUCAGCCAGCUACUAUUUUGCUCAUGGUUCUGGUUGCCGGAUAUUGGGACUUCAGGUUUGUUUGUCUUUAAAAAGUGUGUCCUGCAAGCCUGAAGUCAGCCGACCUGUGCUAAAUAGUUGAUUAAGGCUCUCAUCCAUCUCCCCAUCCACAGGAAACUACUCUCUCAACAUAAGAACCCUCCCAUUGACCAAGUCGUUGAAGCUGGAGUCAUUCCUAAACUCGUGGACUUUUUGUAUCAUCACGACGCUCCAAGCUUGCAGCUAGAGGCUGCUUGGGCGCUCACUAACAUUGCUUCUGGGACACCUGAGCAGACCAGAGCGGUAGUGGAGGCCAAUGCUGUGCAAGGCUUGAUAGUCAUCUUGUCUUCUCCAAAGAUGCAUAUCUGUGAGCAGGCUGUGUGGGCCUUGGGGAACAUAGCAGGUAAGUGGCGGUGCUUUUGGAUUUCCAAGAUGGCAGCCAGUGAACUGCUGGGUCUUGGUCAGUGAGAGCCAAACCGUCAACAUUUGGGGGAGCCAACAAGUAGUAGACCAUCAACAUGCCAGGCUAGAUCAGUCAUAAAGGCAGGCAAUCCCAGUUCAAGGGGCGCUUGCCCAUGCUGGAACCCAGUUCUCUUGUGACUGGUUCCCAACACAGGGUGCCCAGAACAUUCUAGGGUCCACACGUAACUUCAUGUGGAGACUUCUUGGUCCAUCCUGCCUGGGCAGCAGAUAACCUUAUGGCUUUCCCAGGUGCACAAUGAAGUGAACUAGGGGAGGGUUGCAAUUCUUGUUAUUUAUUUGAUUUGUAUACCGCAGGUUGCCGGGUAGUGGUUCACAACAUAAAAAUACAAAAUGAGAACACAAAAUAAAUAACACAAACUAAUAAUGCCCCUUCCACAAACACAUUUAAAAGGCCAUAGAAUGUCCCAUAUUGGGGGGGGGGAAUUGUGUUCAUUUAAAAAUACUGGUAGCAUUAUGAUAAAUUCAACAGUGUAAAUAAGUUUUGAUCGAUGUAAUAAGGUGAAAAAGGUAAAGAUAAAGGACCCCCGGAUGGUUAAGCCCAGUCAAAGGCGACUAUGGGAUGGUGGCGCUCAUCUUGCUUUCAGGCCGAGGGAGCCGGUGUUUGUCCACAGGGACUGAGCAACGGGAGCUCACUCUGUCGCGGGGAUUUGAACCGCCGACCUUCCGAUCGGCAAGCCCAGGAGGCUCUGUGGUGGAUUGUUGAAUGGUGUAAAGGGUAAAGGGACCCCUGCCCAUUAGGUCCAGUUGUGGCUGACUCUGGGGUUGCGGCGUUCAUCUCGCUUUACUGGCCGGGGGAGCCGGAGUACAGCUUCCGGGUCAUGUGGCCAGCAUGACUAAGCCGCUUCUGGUGAACCAGAGCAGCGCACAGAAACGCCGUUUACCUUCCCGCUGGAGCGGUACCUAUUUAUCUACUUGCACUUUGACGUGCUUUCAAACUGCUAGGUUGGGAGGAGCAGGGACCAAACAACGGGAGCUCACCCCUUCUUGGGGAUUUGAACCACCGACCUUCUGAUCGGCAAGCCCAAGAGGCUCAGUGGUUUAACCCACAGCGCCACCCGCGUCUGUUGAAUGCUAUAGUUCAUGUAAAAUAUCCAGGGAUGUAUGGUAUGCAAAGUGAACCACCGAAAGAGAAGAAGGGAAGUCAUUGGUUUAAAAUUAUUUAAAUGAAUAUUUUGAAAUGUCAUUUAGAAUAUAUAUAUAUAUAUAUAUAUAUAUAUAUAGCCAUAGAAUAUGUCAAUCCACCAGAGGCCUGGUUAUAGAGAAACGUUUUCACCCUAAAGGUUUGUAGUGAAGGUACCAGGCGAGCCUCCCUGGGGAGAACAUUCGACAAGCGGGGAGCCACCAUGGAAAAGGUGCAUUGACUCUGGCGCCACCUGCUGUUGGUCUUCCUCCUCUCUGUCCCAUCAGUGCCAAAGGAAACCAGCCGCCACGGAUGGUUCAGGGAGAGAUGACCGUGUUUCGCUAUUUUCACCCACCCGGAGAGUAACUACCAUUUCCAAUGCUUUAUCCUACGUAGGUGACGGCCCACAGUAUAGAGAUGUGCUGAUCAGCUUCAAUGUAAUCCCUCCCCUCCUGUCCUUGGUGACACCUUGCACUCCGGUAUGUUUCUGCUUCCGUCUGGAUAGAUAGAUAGAUAGAUAGAUAGAUAGAUAGAUAGAUAGAUAGAUAGAUAUGGCUCUCUGGAGCUGAGAAGACCGGUUAAUCCAUGGGUAGGCAAACUAAGGCCCGGUGGCCAGAUCCAGCUCAAUCGCCUUCUAAAUCAAGCUUGCGGACUGUCCGGGAAUCAGUGUGUUUUUACAUGAGUAGAAUGUGUGCUUUUAUUUAAAAUGCAUCUCUGGGUUAUUUGUGGGGCAUAGGAAUUUGUUCUCCUCUCCCCCCAAAAAUAUAGUCCGGCCCCCCACAAGGUCUGAGGGACAGUGGACUGGCCCCCUGCUGAAAAAGUUUGCUGACUUCUGGGUUAAUCCCUUGAGAUAACCAGUUAAUCCCUUGACCUAUGCAGCUGAUGAAUAGAAGAGGAUAGGCUUGAAUUAGUGGGAGAGACCUGAAUGAAAUCAACCCACUGCACCCUUGACUUGGCAAAUCAUGAUCUCCCUCUGGAACAGAGUUCGUCUGCUAAGUCUGUCAUUCAAGAACUGGCUGGAUACAGCCAUUGGUAGCUAAUGGGAAUACAAGAGCUCAAGAGCUGGGUGCAAGACAUUGCAGUUUCUAGAACUAUUGCUCAGUAGGCCAGGGAUGGGAAGCCUUUAACCCUCCAGAUCCUGCUGUAUUCCCACUCCCAACAUCCCCAGCUAGCUUGACCAGCAGUCAGGGAUGAUGUAAUCUGUAGUCUAACAACCUCUGGAAGACCAGAGUUGAACCAAUUCUUGUUCUAAGGCUUGUUCUAUUCCUUGAGCUUAUCCAUGGCCCUGGAGUUCUGUUUCCCCACUCUGGUUUCAGCCAAUGGUUUCCUUGGACAUGAUUCUGAUUUUCCAGGUUGGGUUCCUGCGCAACAUCACAUGGACGCUGUCCAACCUCUGCAGAGGCAAAAACCCGUAUCCUCCCAUGGGAGCUGUGCAGCAGAUGCUCCCCAUGCUCAUGAACCUUCUGCAGUACGACGACGAGGGCAUCCUUGCAGACGCCAGCUGGGCUUUCUCUUACCUGACGGACGGCUCCAAUGACCGCAUCCAUGUGGUGGUGGAGGUUGGGGUGCUGCCGCGGCUGGUGCAGCUCUUGGCCUACGCAGACCUGCCAAUCCUGGUAAGUAAAGGUAAAAAAAGGUAAGGUAAAGGACCCCUGGAGGGAUGCGGGUGGCGCUGUGGUCUAAACCACAGAGCCUAGGACUUUCCGAUCAGAAGGUCGGCUUUUCGAAUCCCCGGAACGGGGUGAGCUCCCGUUGCUCGGUCCCUGCUCCUGCCAACCUAGCAGUUCGAAAGCACGCCAGUGCAAGUAGAUAAAUAGGUACCGCUCCAGCGGGAAGGUAAAUGGUGUUUCCGUGCGCUGCUCUGGUUCGCCAGAAGCGUCUUAGUCAUGCUGGCCACAUGACCCAGAAGCUCUCUCGGCCAACAAAGUGAGAUGAGCACCGCAACCCCAGAGUCGUCCACGACUGGACCUAAUGGUCAGGGGUCCCUUUACCUUUUUAAAGGGCCCCUGGACGGUUAAGUCCAGUCAAAGGCGACUAUGGGGUUGCAGCGCUCAUCUUGCUUUACAGGCCAAAGGAGCCAGCGUUUGUCCACAGACAGCUUUCCGGGUCACGUGGCCAGCAGGACUAAACCGCUACUGGCGCACCGUGAUGGAAACCAGAGUGCACAGAAAUGCUGUUUACCUUCCUGCUGCAGUAGUAACUGUUUAUCUACUUGCACUGGCGUGCUUUCGAACUGCUAGGUUGGCAGGAGCUGGGAUAAAGCAAUGGGAGCUCACCCUGUUGUGAGGAUUCGAACCACCGACCUUCUAAUUGGCAAGCACUAGAUGCUCAGUGGUUUAGACCACAGCGCCACCUGCGUAAGAGGCGUUUAGGAAAAGCAGUGCCACAUAGUCUUGCUGGCUACUGCUAAAUAUAUUUCUCCCUUUCCCUCGAUGGCACAGGUCAUCUGUUGGGAUGGGCCAGAAAUUCAGUUCAGCUCACAUCCCAACAACACGAGAACAGAAACACAGCCUUGCUUUGAAACCUGCACUUCUCUGAAUUUUACAAUGCAGGUCUCCGGCCAAAUAACGAGUACAAUAAUGCAAAUAUUGGGGUAUUAAGAUGCAAAUAUUUCUUACGAUAAUGCAUCACAGUGUUUCUGAAGCUUGGGUCGCCAGCUGUUGCUAUGCUACAACUCCCAUCAUCCCUAGCUAGCAGGACCCAGUGAUCAGGGAUGAUGGGAGUUGUAGUCCAACAACACCUGGUGACACAAGUUGAGAAACACUGUAUUGUUUUGUAUGCGUAACACACAAAAUAUAUUGCACUGGGGGAAAUAGCCUGCAAAAGCAUGUCAAUCGAGAGAACUUAGCACUAAGAUGUGGGUGAAUUUUUUAUUUUUUUAUUUUUAUAUACAUUUUUAUUGGUUUUUUAACAUAUCAUUUUCAACAAUCCUUUAACAUAGCUUCUUAUCUUAUACAAUAUUUUAGACUUCCAUCAACAACCUCUGAUGAUUUCCCAUUCUUUAUCACUUAUUCUUCAUUUCUUAACUUCUCUAUUACUCUUAAUUAUCAUUAACUGAUAAUUCUCUUCAUAGUCUUUCUUGCAAUAUUUCAAAUAGUCCUCCUUACAGAACUUCCUACUAGCGUAAUCUGUUCAUUACAAUUGCUUUUCAAAUAAUUCAUAUAUUUGUGGGUGAAUUUUUUAAGGAAAAAUAAUUCACAAAUAGGGACGCGGGUGGCGCUGUGGGUAAAACCUCAGUGCCUAGGACUUGCCAAUCGUAUGGUCGGCGGUUCGAAUCCCCGCGGCGGAGUGAGCUCCCGUCUUUCGGUCCCAGCUCCUGCCCACCUAGCAGUUCAAAAGCACCCUUAAGUGCAAGUAGAUAAAUAGGUACCGCUUUAUAGCGGGAAGGUAAACGGUGUUUCCGUGCGCUGCGCUGGUGCUGGCUCGCCAGAACAGCUUCGUCACGCUAGCCACGUGACCCGGAAGUGUCUCUGGACAGCGCUGGCCCCCGGCCUCUUAAGUGAGAUGGGCGCACAACCCUAGAGUCGGACACGACUGGCCCGCACGGGCAGGGGUACCUUUACCUUUACCUAAUUCACAAAUGCAUGUGGAGAAGAUUGGAAAAAUGAGAGCUUGAGAGGAACUUGCAUGCACAAAUCCAUCCAACCAUCCCUGUAUUUGUGAGUUAUGCUCAGAAUACUGGUGGCGUCUCCAGCACUCCUGGUUAAUCUAUACUUUUUCUGCAUUUUGUUUUUUGUUUCAGACUCCAGCUCUCCGCACUCUGGGCAACAUCGUCACUGGCACAGACGAGCAGACGCAGAUGGCCAUCGACGCUGGUGUGCUGUCUGUCUUGCCACACCUCCUGCACCACCCUAAGCCAUCCAUACAGAAGGAGGCCGCCUGGGCUUUGAGCAACAUUGCAGCAGGGCCCAGCAGCCAGAUACAGCAGCUCAUCACUUGCGGCCUCCUGCCUCCCCUGGUGGAGCUGCUGGAGAAGGUAACGUUUCGCAUUGUCCUGGGUUCCCUUGCUCAGGCUGGGGAACGCUGCCGGUAAUUGCUAAAUGUUGGUGGAAGGGUGUGUUAAGACAAGAGGCAAGACACAGCGAUAACAGCAAGAACCUUUAUUGAACUACAAAACUGGGAAAUGGGCAAAACAACUGCUUAUACAGUGGUACCUCCGCUUUGGGUUACAAACACUUCAGGUUACAAACUCCGCUAACCCAGAAGUAGUAGCCAGGGUUGUGAACUUUGCCGCAGGAUGAGAACGGAAAUCGUGCGCCGGCGGCACAACGACAGCGGGUGGCCCCAUUAGCAAAAGCACACCUCAAGUUAAGAACUGUUUUGGGUUAAGAACGGACCCCCAGAAUGAAUUGCCGUAUCCAUAAGACGGACCUGACCAUAAGACGCACCUAGUUUUUAGAGGAGGAAAGGGGGAAAGCCCCUUUUUUUGAGGAUCAGCUCAAAGUUGUGCAGCUUCUUUUGCAAAGGGGAAAAGCCCCUUUUUUGAGGAUCAGCUCAAAGUUGUUGAGCUUACUUUGCAAAGGGAAAAAAUCCUGUUUUUAAGGGGUUCAACUCACAGUUCUGCAGCUUCUUUAGGAAAGGAAAGGGAGCCGUUUCUACAGUUUCCAGACAGAUAAUCUAAUCAGCCAGUCACAUGUCGCUGGGGAAACAAACAGCCUCCGUCUGCAGAACAUUCAACAAUGGAGGCCUGGGAAAGGGGCCGGGGCCGGAAAGGGAGCCAGCGAUUGACCACACAUUCGCUCCAUAAGACGCACAGACAUUUCCCCUUACUUUUUAGGAGGAAAAAGUGUGUCUUAUGGAGCAAAAAAUACGGUAAGUUCGUAACCCCAGGUACCACUGUAUACAUUCCUGAAAGCCUGGGACACUCCCACUCCCCCCGUGAUUGGCUGUCUAAACUUCCAAGCUGCGAAUCACAACUCAGAGUUCAAGGGCCAAUGGCAGAGGCCCCAGUCUUGAAAUGUUCUGUGAUUGGACAUCAUGUAUCGAAUCGGAACACAGGAGCUCAGAAUCCUUAGUCCAGACUCAAGCUCAGGCAAGCACAGACCACUGAAUACAUAACACCGAGUACACACAGAAAAGGGUUGCCCUUCCUGAGAAUCUGCAUUCCCCUCCACCUUAAAUGAAAGAAGAAUGUCCUUAUGGUAUCAUAUCUGUUUAGGGGAAUGUGAAAAUCUCUGGAACUGGAGGGUACUUCUGCAUGACUCUUACCCCUGCCCAUGACGUGACUGCCAAACCCAUGCAAGUUCUUAAAUAUUACACAGGUGACAUCUAUUGCACUGUUUUCGAUGGCAGCUCUGCUAAAAGCUUUUCUGAUUAGGCAAGGCUAUCCAGGCAUGUUGUUUAAUUAUGUACAGAUCUUGCUUUUAAAAAGCAACAGUCGACUCUAUGUAUUUUGAUACUUUAACAAGCAAAUGUAAUAAAUUAUGUUGACUUUAUUUGAAUUUUUAUGAAUAUUAUACAUUUUAUGAAAACUGCUUAGUGCAAAAGUGGGGAACUUUUGGCCUUCCAGGUGUUGCUGAACUACAAAUCGAAAAAAAGCCUAGCCCAGUGACCAGGGAUGAUGGGAAUUGUAGUCCAACAAACAGCUGGAGACCCAAGUUUGGGAAACACUGAUCUAGAGGGCCAAAGGUUUCCAAAUCUGAUUAGGCAGUAUAGAAGUCUUGCUAAACGAAAAUAAAUGCAUGUUUUGUAUAAAUGCCUUAUUUAUAGUAAGUGGUUUCUGCUUUCGUUGGGGUGGGAUAGGUGAGAGUCCUGCUAUCAGCUGCUGCAUGCUGAGUGCUGUUCACUGUUAAAUUACAGUGUUACCCCGGAUUAAGAACUUAAUUCGUUCCGGAGGUCCGUUCUUAACCUGAAACUGUUCUUAACCUGAAGCACCACUUUAGCUAAUGGGGCCUCCCGCUGCCGCCGCGCUGCCGCCGCCACACGAUUUCUGUUCUCAUCCUGAAGCAAAGUUCUUAACCCAAGGUACUAUUUCUGGGUUAGCGGGGUCUGUAACCUGAAGUGCCUGUAACCUGAAGCAUCUGUAACCUGAGGUACCACUGUACUAGAACAGGCUGAUCUGCAGCCGUCUUGUAUUCACUUGCCUGCCCAUCCUUCCCCACCUUCAACAGGGAGACAUCAGGGCCCAAAGAGAGGCUGUGUGGGCGGUUGCCAACUUCACCACUGGAGGGACGGAGCAGCAGGUGGAGGAAAUGGUCCAGGCGGGGGUCCUUAAACCUCUGCUGAACUUGCUGGCUAUCAAAGAUGCCAAAAUUAUCCUCGUCGUCUUGGACAGCAUCUCUAGUUUCUUCCUGGUAAGUGUGUGUGUUUUAUCGCUGCUUCUUUGGUAAGCUUCCUGGGAGAACUGAUAUUGGCGGGGCGGGGGGGUGGAGAGACAGGCAGAUGUCUGGAGCAGGUCAGCAAUAACUCACCAGGUGUCCGUGAAGUUAACUCUUUAUUCAAAGAAACCAAACAGCUCAGGCCUAGUGAGCACAGCAACUCUUCCCAGUAGUACAUCUUGCCCCAGUGAAGCAGGUCAGAAGGUCUCCACGUUCCCACACCUCUCUAAAUCUACUUCUCUGGUUUUCCCUCAAGCAAUCUGUUGCUUCUUCAUCUUGCCUGUCUUUGCUCGGCUGUCGUCUUACCUCUUCAGGUUCUUGGAGACCGGGGGCCGGGGAGCGGAGCUUGUUGUAGCAGGAGGGAAAGUCACCCACGACUCUUCCCCAACCUGACUCAUCUCUUUCUCCCGGCCUCCUUCCUCUCCUGCUUCUGCCUCUGAUUCUGGACUGCUCUCUGCCACAGAGUCUCCCUGCUCACAAAGCCCUGUUACUUCUUCAGCUUCCGACACCUCCUCUUCCCAGGCUUCUCCCUCUGACCGCUCCUCAUUGUCCCACCACCUCUCCUCUGGCUCUGAGCCUUCUUCCCUUGAAGGUUCACCAGUUGGUUCCUCCCACCCUUCCUCCGCAUCCAACCAGUCCAGAACAACUGAGCAGCGUUCUAACCUGGAAUCGAUGCUGUUGCAGGAAGUACACAGUUUUUCCUCUUUGGCACAGGGUUGCAGGCAGCUCAGUAGUAGAGAAUCUGCCUUGCAUCCAAGUUCAUCCCCUCGCAUCUCCUGGCAGGGCUUUCCACCUGGAAAAAUAGGGGGUCUGCUGCCAAUCAGUGUAGACAAUACUGAACUAGAUGGACCCUGCAUUGUAUCCCAAUAUUAGGCUGCUGAGAAGCUGGGUGCAACGCAGAAGCUGUGCCUUUUGGUGGAAGAGCUUGGGGGCCUGGAGAAGAUCGAAGCCCUCCAGACUCACGAGAACACUUUUGUCUACCGAGCUGCCCUGGGCCUCAUUGAGAAAUAUUUUCCUGACAACGUAAGUAGCUGCUGGCAUUGGUCUCCCUGCACAUUUUGGAAGGUCCAGCAUCUGAGCAGAGAGAGUUGAGGGCACUGCAGCUGGGUAAUUCCUGCCUUCGCCCUAAAGAUUUUAUUUACUUAAUGGAAACAUAGCAAAGCCCAAAAAUAACCUUACACAAAAGGAAGGGGAGAAAUUAGUGAAAACUAGAAAUAUCAGAAGGGACGCGGGUGGCGCUGUGGGUUAAACCACAGAACCUAGGACUUGCUGAUCAGAAGGUUGGCGGUUCAAAUUCCCGCAAUGGGGUGAGCUCCCGUUGCUCGGUCCCUGCUCCUGCCAACCUAGCAGUUUGAAAGCACCUCAAAGUGCAAGUAGAUAAAUAGGUACCACUCCGGCGUUUCCGUGUGCUGCUCUGGUUCGCCAGAAGCGGCUUAGUCAUGCUGGCCGCAUGACCCGGAAGCUGUACGCUGGCUCCCUCGGCCAAUAAAGUGAGAUGAGUGCCGCAACCCCAGAGUCGGCCACGACUGGACCUAAUGGUCAGGGGCCCCUUUACAUUUACCUAGAGAUAUCAGAAUUCCGUAAUCGUAUUCCCUUCUAUCCUAGGCAUGUCAUAAUGGAGUGAAUCGGGAACAGUUGGGCAAUGGGCAUUUUUAUGCUGCUUUUCCCCAAUAAAAUGCAACAACAACAACAAUAAUAAUAAAUUUUUAUUUGUACCCCACCCUCCCUGGCCAGAGCUGGGCUCAGGGCAGCUAACAUAAUAUAGCCUUGUCUUUACAUGCCAAUCUAGCUGGGGUAGUACAAGAGGUUGCCAGUGCAGAGAAAAAAGUGAGCCUUGCUUUUCAUAAUGCAACCGUGACAUUUUCUCUCCCUCCUCUUGUUAGAGUCUGUCACCAAGAACUUAGCACGAAACGGGCUUGCAGUUCCACAGCAGAACUUGGUCACAGAACUUCUUUUCGUUCCAAACGCAAACAUGCACACAUUUUCCCAUAGGUAAAGGUAAAGGGACCCCUGACCGUUAGGUCCAGUCGUGGCUGACUCUGGGGUUGCGGCGCUCAUCUCACUUUACUGGCUGAGGGAGCCGGCGUACAGCUUCUGGGUCAUGUGGCCAGCAUGACUAAGCUGCUUCUGGCGAACCAGAGCAGCGCACGGAAACGUCGUUUACCUUCCCGCCGGAGCGGUAGCUAUUUAUCUACUUGCACUUUGAUGUGCUUUCGAACUGCUAGGUUGGCAGGAGCAGGGACCGAGCAACGGGAGCUCACCCCUUCACAGGGAUUCGAACUGCCGACUUUCUGAUCGGCAAGUCCUAGGCUCUGUGGUUUAGCCCACAGCGCCACCCGCGUCCCCACACAUUUUCCCAUAGGCUCUAUUAAAAAGUUCCCCAGUUAACAGGACAGCAGGAUUUAAAGGAGCCCCCUUGAAGCUGACGUAUCUAAGUUUGAAUAAUAGUUCCCACCCAUGAGAGAAGGCGUUGGCCUCCUCACCGCCCUGCCCUGACGAAAUACAGAUAUCGCAAACCAAAGUCCACCUCUUGCUUCGAAACAAUUGUUUAAAUGUGUACACUCGAGACAGCCAGCCAGUGACAAGCGGCACAAUUCAUUGGCUAAGAUUUCUUCAGUUGGGUGACGUCAGGGAAAGGGAGUGCAGGACAACAGGAGAGCAUCUGCUUGGCCUGUAGAAGGUUUUUCUGGGUUCAGUUCCAAAUGGCAUCUCCAGGUAGGACUAGGAAAGAUUCCUUGCCUGCAGUCUUGGAUAAAUGCUGCCAGCCAGUGUUGACAGAACUAAAGUACCGUAUUUUUCGCUCUAUAGGACGCACUUUUCCCCCUCCAAAAAUUAAGGGGAAAUGUGUGUGCGUCCUAUGGAGCGAAUGCAGGCUCCUUGGCUUCAGCGAUAGCAGUGCGAAGCCUCCAAAGCGCAAAGGGAGCGCUCCCUCUGCCCUCCGGCGGCUUCGCGUUGCUUUCGCUGAAGCCUGGAGAGCGAGAGGGGUUGGUGCACACUGACCCCUCUCACUCUCCAGGCUUCAGGGAUAGCCGCCUGAAGCCUUUGGAGCGCAGCGGGAACUCGUGCUGCGCUCCGAAGGCUUCGGGUUCCUUUUGCUGAAGCCGGGAGAGCAAGACUCUCCCGGCUUCAGCAGAGAGGGAGAGCUACUCAGUGCCCCUUCAGCGAAGCGGGAGGAGAAAUGGAAGGGGCUCCGUUUCUCCUGCUGCUUCGCUGAAGGGGCGCUGAGCAGAGAAGGGGAGAAUUUUUUUUUCUUGUUCUCCCCCUCUAAAACAAGAUGCAUCCUAUGGUCAGGUGCGUCCUAUAGAGCGAAAAAUACGGUAGGUGGAUCAGAGUUUUGACUAUCUGAGGCAGCGUAAGACAGCAUUCCUGCAAACUACAGAAUAGUUCUCUCUUCUCCCAGAUUCCUGGGCAGUGUAUUUCUGUGAAGACUGCUAGAGAGUUAUUGGGUAGCAUAACAAACUGGGAUUUUUGGAAUGGGGGACUUGGCAGUUGCAGAAUCUAUUGCAGGUUUGAGGAGGCCAUGCAGUUCAAUGAUUGUCCCCUCUUCUCUUUCUCCUCCACCUUGACCUCUUCAUAAUCAGCAAGCUGAAAACUCGGUUUCAGAAACAGGAGAAGGAACAGCCCCUUCACCUUUCUUGACUGACAUGCAAGACUGCUUUAAAUUCUGACUGGGAGACCCAGCCCACAACACACUUUCUUGACUUGGUGAAAGGCACCACGUUUGACUCGGCUAUUUAAAAGCACCACCAGGGGAACGGGGUUCAUUUGUAAUGAAUAAAUACUGCUUUUGUAAUGA